GGGGCGCGGCGGGCGCGCGCCGCCGCUCCAUGCGGGAGCUGCGGGGCGGGAGCACCGGGCGCCACGUGCCGCCCGCGCCCCACGUGCGCCUUCCGGGCCGCGCCGGUGCGCCGCGCUCAGCGCUCCGGGCGGAAACGCGGAGCGGAAUGGCGGCGGGGCGGGGGGCGGCGGCGCUGCGGCGGGCAUGGCGGGAGCGGCGGGCGGCGCUGCUGGAGCCCCGCUACACGCCGCUGGUGGCCGCCUGCCUCUGCCUGGCCGAGGGCGGCGUCAACCUCUGGGUCAUCCGCAGGGUCCCCUACACCGAGAUCGACUGGCAGGCCUACAUGCAGGAGGUGGAGGGCUUCGCCAACGGCACCCUGGACUACACGCAGCUGCGGGGCGACACCGGGCCGCUCGUCUACCCCGCCGGCUUCGUGUACAUCUUCCUGGGGCUGUACCACGCCACGGGCCGCGGCUCCGACAUCCGCCUGGCGCAGUACCUCUUCGCCGGCCUCUACCUCCUCAACCUGCUGCUCGUCUUCCGCAUCUACUGCCGAACCAGCAAGGUCCCUCCGUAUGUUUUCUUCUUCAUGUGCUGCGCCUCAUACCGCAUCCACUCCAUCUUUGUGCUGCGGCUCUUUAAUGACCCUGUGGCCAUGGCCAUCCUCUUCCUCGCCAUCAACCUCUUCCUGGAGGAGCGCUGGUCCUGGGGCUGCCUCCUCUUCAGCCUGGCUGUGUCCGUGAAGAUGAACAUCCUGCUCUUCGCCCCUGGGCUCCUCUUUCUCCUCCUGCAGCGGUUUGGUCUCCUGGGCUGUAUCCCCAAGCUCUGCAUCUGUGCCCUGCUCCAGGUGGUGCUGGGCCUGCCCUUCCUGCUGGUGAACCCCGUGGGGUACCUGACCCGCUCCUUUGACCUGGGCCGCCAGUUCCAGUUUAAAUGGACGGUGAACUGGCGCUUCCUCCCAGAAGAGGUUUUCCAGAAUCGAGUCUUCCAUGCUGCUCUGCUCCUGGCUCACCUGGCAGGCCUGGGGCUCUUUGCACUGCACCGGUGGCACAGUUCCAAAGAGAGCAUCCUGACUCUGUUGAAGGAUCCUGCCAAAAGGAAACCCGCAUCCCCUCGCUUGACUGUGAACAGGAUUGUCUUCAUCCUCUUCUCCUCCAACUUCCUGGGUGUCUGCUGCAGCCGCUCCCUGCACUACCAGUUCUACGUCUGGUAUUUCCACACUCUGCCCUACUUGCUCUGGUGCACCCCAACCACCAAGCUCGCCCACAUGCCCAAGGUGCUGCUGCUGGGCGUGAUCGAGCUCUGCUGGAACACCUACCCCUCCACAGUCUGCAGCUCCCUCUCCCUGCACGUCUGCCAUGGACUCAUCCUGCUCCAGCUCUGGUACGGCACAGCCCCCACGCCAGUGUCACACACCCCUCCACAGAGCAGGAAACCCACAGCAGUGUCCAAGAAAGCCCAGUGAGAGUGGGGAUGGCUGGCCAGUGGGAACUGGCCUCUGGAGCUGCCCCAUCUGCCUGCUCUUUUCCCACUUGACUCCCAGGCUGCCCACAGCAAUCCCAAGAGGGCCAUGAGCCCUGGAACUGUGCAAAGGGGGCAGGUGUGGGGAAUCCCAAAAGGCAGAACUUCCCAAAUAAAGGGGGCUUUGUGUGCCCUUCCCCAAAA